AUGGCCGACGUAGAGCGCGACUCCCAAGCGGGUGGUGCCCUUCCAGAUGCCGUGCCAUCGACAUCAACGACAUCUGAGCCACCCAAGCCUUUGCCCAAGGGGAUGGUCUUGGGUCCGGAUGGCAAGCCCUGGGCCACCCAAAUGAAUGGAUCACUGAAAAAGGGUGCACCGGUGACCUCAGGUCCUGCUGAUGACUGCCCACCCGAUGUCGAAGCUCUUGGGCGUGGCACCUGGCAAUUGUUGCACUCGAUCGCUGCGACAUACCCUGAGAAGCCUUCGCCAACACAAAAGGAGGAUCUCCGAGGUUUCAUGAGGCUAUUCUCGAAGCUAUACCCCUGCUGGGUGUGCGCCGAAGAUUUUCAGUCCUAUAUGCAAAAGGAGCAGAUAAGGGUCGAGGGACGCAACGAGUUUGGCAAUUGGCUUUGCCAGGCGCAUAACGAGGUCAACCGCAAGCUGGGGAAGAGGGAGUUUGACUGCAGUAAAUGGGAGGAGCGAUGGCGCACCGGCUGGAAAGACGGCCGUUGCGACUGA